AUGGGACUCAUUGGAGUUUCACGAAAUCUUCUGGUGUUCAUAUCAGUUCUGUCUCUAACAAACUCGACAGCAGUGGCAACAAAUACUACAACUAACACAACUGGGAUUUUCUAUCCAUUUGGUUCGGCGGUUGGAGACGUUCAAACUCUUGUUAAUUAUGGUGGUGAAGACUCUGCUUCAGUUAACCUAACCAGUCCAUUUAUAUAUUUUGGCCGCACAUACAACCUGAUAUAUGUCAACUAUAAUGGACUCCUUUCAUUCAACCAACCGAUAAUAGAAGAUCCUUACACUUUUCCAUAUAAUGGAAGUCAAGACGUAAUUGCUCCUCUCUGGGCUGACUUUGAUGACUAUGGAAUUAUUGCGUUCUACUAUCAGCAGUACACAUCUGGAAAUGUCCUCAGGCGAGCCACAGAUGAUAUCAGACGCUAUUACCCUGGUCUGAGCUUCAACGCUUCUUGGGUCUUUGUAGCAACUUGGGACUAUGUUCAAACUUCAGAUUUAAACACAUUUUUACAGCAUUCAGCCCCAUCAGUCUCAUUUCAAGCGGUUUUAAUUUCGGAUGGUGUCUCCUCCUUUACUCUGAUGAACUAUGGUAACAUGAGUGUGAUCAAUUAUCCAGUGGAGGCUGGAUAUGACACAAUAGGCUCCACGCAUUACUUUGUCAUUCCUGGAUCAAACAACGGCAACCUCAUCCCAAACCUCACGUCCUCAAGUAAUGUAAACACUCCAGGCCGUUGGGUUUUCUCUACAAAUCAAGCAUCAGGGAUUUUCUAUCCAUUUGGCUCGGCGGUUGGAGACGUUCGAACCCUUGUUAAUUAUGGUGGUGAAGACUUCGCUGCAGUUAACCUAGCCAGACCAUUUGUGUUUUUUGGCCGCACAUACAACCUGAUAUAUGUCAACUAUAAUGGACUCCUUUCAUUCAACCAACCUCUUCAAGAAGAUCCUUACACUUUUCCAUCUUUUGGAAGUCCUUAUGGAAAUCAAGACGUAAUUGCUCCUCUCUGGGCUGACUUCGAUGACUAUGGAAUUAUUGCGUUUUACUAUCAGCAGUACACAUCUGGAAAUGUCCUCACACGAGCCACAGAAGAUAUCAAACGCUAUUACCCUGGUCUGAGCUUCAACGCUACUUGGGUCUUUGUAACAACUUGGGACUAUGUUGAAACUACAGAUUUAAACACAUUUUUACAGCAUUCAGCCCCGUCAGUCUCAUUUCAAGCGGUUUUAAUUUCGGAUGGUGUCUCCUCCUUUACUCUGAUGAACUAUGGUAACAUGAGUGUGAUCAAUUAUCCAGUGGAGGCUGGAUAUGACACAAUAGGCUCCACGCAUUACUUUGUCAUUCCUGGGUCAAACAACGGCAACCUCAUCCCAAACCUCACGUCCUCAAGUAAUGUAAACACUCCAGGCCGAUGGGUUUUCUCUACAAAUCAAGGGAUUUUCUAUCCAUUUGGCUCGGCGGUUGGAGACGUUCGAACUCUUGUUAAUUAUGGUGGUGAAGACUUCGCUGCAGUUAACCUAGCCAGACCAUUUGUGUUUUUUGGCCGCACAUACAAUCUUAUAUAUGUCAACUAUAAUGGACUCCUUUCAUUCAACCAACCGAUAAUAGAAGAUCCUUACACUUUUCCAUAUAAUGGAAGUCAAGACGUAAUUGCUCCUCUCUGGGCUGACUUUGAUGACUAUGGAAUUAUUGCGUUUUACUAUCAGCAGUACACAUCUGGAAAUGUCCUCACACGAGCUACAGAAGAUAUCAAACACUAUUACCCUGGUGUGAGCUUCAACGCCACUUGGGUCUUUGUAGUAACUUGGGACUAUGUUCAAACUACAGAUUUAAACACAUUUUUACAGCAUUCAGCCCCGUCAGUCUCGUUUCAAGCAGUUUUAAUUUCGGAUGGUGUCUCCUCCUUUACUCUGAUGAACUAUGGUAACAUGAGUGUGAUCAAUUAUCCAGUGGAGGCUGGAUAUGACACAAUAGGCUCCACACAUUACUUUGUCAUUCCUGGGUCAAACAAUGGCAACCUCAUCCCAAACCUCAAGUAUUCAAGUAAUGUAAACACUCCAGGCCGUUGGGCUUUCUCUACAAAUCAAGCAUCAGGGAUUUUCUAUCCAUUUGGCUCGGCGGUUGGAGACGUUCGAACUCUUGUUAAUUAUGGUGGUGAAGACUUCGCUGCAGUUAACCUAGCCAGACCAUUUGUGUUUUUUGGCCGCACAUACAAUCUUAUAUAUGUCAACUAUAAUGGACUCCUUUCAUUCAACCAACCUCUCCAAGAAGAUCCUUACCCUUUUCCAUCUUUUGGAAGUCCUUAUGGAAAUCAAGACGUAAUUGCUCCUCUCUGGGCUGACUUUGAUGACUAUGGAAUUAUUGCGUUUUACUAUCAGCAGUACACAUCUGGAAAUGUCCUCACACGAGCCACAGAAGAUAUCAAACGCUAUUACCCUGGUCUGAGCUUCAACGCUACUUGGGUCUUUGUAGCAACUUGGGACUAUGUUCAAACUACAGAUUUAAACACAUUUCUACAGCAUUCAGCCCCAUCAAUCUCGUUUCAAGCAGUUUUAAUUUCGGAUGGUGUCUCCUCCUUUACUCUGAUGAACUAUGGUAACAUGAGUGUGAUCAAUUAUCCAGUGGAGGUAAAAUAA